AUGUCACAACAAUAUGGUGUAAACCAAAUAAUUCAAAACAGUCCAACAACUCCCGGGGGAGAAAGAAGCAGUAACCUUACCCCACCUGAAGAUCCAAGGGGUUCACAACAAGCUGGUGAUGAUGUUGAUGGUGCUAAUGAUGAUGCUGAUGAUGAUGUUGUUGAAACUCCGUAUGAAAGCAACACCAUUGUGUCGAGAGAAAAAUGGGGUGCAAAAGAAGAUGAUGCACUCAUCUCGGCUUGGAUAGAAUGUGCAGUUGAAGAUCCAGAGACGGCAACGGAUCAAAGUUUGGCUAUAAUGUGGAGAAACAUUAUGGCCUUGUAUGAUCAAGCUAGAGAAGAUAAUUCAUCCACCAUGCACCCUAGAAGUUUGAAAUCUAUGAAAAGUCGGUGGGGAAGAAUAAAUAGAGAUGUGAGUACAUGGGUUGGUUGUUAUAGUGAGGCAAUAAAAAGAUAUAAGAGUGGCACCAACACUCAUGAUGAGAUGACUGAAGCUCAUGAAAUUUAUAGAGGGACGUGUAAUGGUGCACGCUUUGGUUUAAUUGGUUGUUGGGAGUGUUAG